CUUAAAAAUGGCUAUUUAUGAUUGUGAUAAAUUCAGUUCAUUGUGCAAUGAAAAAGAUGUAGAGCUUAAGGCUGCCCUAUCAGAGAAGCGAAGCAUAGAGAUGUGGCUUCCAAAGUUGAGUUCUCAAGGUUCAAAGAAAACUAUUUCGAAAGAGUUGGUUGACGCAAAUAAUCAGGUCUUUGAAAAGAUCCAUGAAGAUUUGAAAGCUCGUUUUAUGUUGCGUACCGUAGAAGAAACAAAAAAGAGGCAUUUGAGUGAAAAAUCAUCACUUCAGGCAAAAAUUGUAGAGCUGGAAAAGAAUAAAUCAAGUGAGUUUAUGUCAACUACAUCUCUAAUACUACAAAAUUGCAAUGAGUUGAAAGAGUUACUAGAUAUUGGAGCCUCUGAUUGUGAUAACAACAUGGAUAGCAUGGAUCGCGUAAAAGCAUUACAGGAGCUUGAUGGACACAAAAUCAAGAAGUACAAUGUGUGGAAGGUCCAUCUAAGUGAAGAGAAAGAAGAAAGAGCUCAUUUGUGCAAAUAG